AGUGAUAUAGAUUCUCUCUGAUUCAUACCACUAAACACCUCAGCCAUUCCCGAUGCUCUAUAAGGAGAAAUCAAGUCUUCAGAGCCUUUAUUAGUUCAACUGAAACUUAUUGCAAGAGACCCCUACGCGGUUAACUUUUCCGCCUGUUCUUUUUGUCUACCAAAAUGAAAAACGUACCUAAGUUGACACUAUUGAUUCUCGUUUAUACAUUUCUCUUUCUGGACCGAUCAAGUCACGCUCGCCCUCGGUGCCAUCCUGGUUCAAUGGUUUGCGUUUCUGGUCGUUCUUUUAUCCAGGUACACAGUACUUUGUUUUGUAUUUUAUCCCAGUUGCUGUGUAAUAUCACAGCGGCCACGAAAUCUUUAAGUACGUUGUCACUGUAAAAAACAGAAUUAAAAUAAGAGAAAUUGAAAGGGGGAAAAUUUUCAGGAAAGUCUCAUUAACUUUCCAUUUAUCGUCCAUCUUUUCUCCUGGUACGUCUUCAAUGGACCAAAUUUAGUAUAUUUACAUCUUAUUCGAUUUUAUAUAAUCUUCACAAUUACAUGUACCUUGCGCUAAGAUCGUCCGAGUUUGGUUCAUAAAUUCUUGAAUAUAAUUAACAUUUUAACUUUUAACUGCAACGCCGAGAACAGAAAAAAUAUAAGGUUUCGGUUCUGCUGGAACAUUGUUCGUAGCCUGCUUAAAAUUGCUCGGUCCACAGCUCACACUUCAUUCUUAUGAAGAAGCUACUAUCCUUCCAUGCAUAGCGCCUUCAGUGUUUUGCGCAGGUCAGUUCACUUAAAUCGGGGGAAGGGAGUUUUUCUGACUUUGCCAUGUUGUCAAAUCUCCUGUGCUUAGUCGUCACUGAUAGAUGCAGCUGUGUGUUAAUUAUAUACAAAUUCUACUCUUGUUUGUUUAGAACUUAAAUUUCCCUCCAGCGGAUUCCACUCAAAAUGAAGCUGAAGAUAGCUGGGUACUGGACACUACUCAAAGAAAGUCCUUUUCUUCAAAACUUAGAAACUUACAAAAGAUGAAAAACAUCUAGAUCGCAGAGGAUUAUAAACGUAAAGAGUGGAAUGGAAAUAGAAGGACAAGACGUUAAAUCAGCAUUUUUUCAUUCUGCCUCAGAGCCGAAGGUUAAAGUAUUGUUGAAUCCUGCAUUUUUCCCUUAAAACUUUGAAGAUACUGAAAGUAAAUAGCACACACUUCUGUUAAACUUAUAGGCGGUGACAAUUGUUGUAACGUUCUCUAGUUUCAAUAAAGUCUUUAUAGACGAUGAAAUCUACGACAUUUGAUUUGUUAAUUUGUUUCAUUUUUGUGGCUUUUAAUCUGGAUAGAGUUGGGAAAGUUAUAUUUUCUAGGAGGCAUCGGUAAGACUUAACUGUAUGGCAAGGCCAUCAUGAGUGGUCUCUUGAAAGAUGGCACCUUCUUACCUUCGUAGAGAUAGACUGUUUAUUUAAGUCCUUAGUUCUACCGAAUUCUACGUAUUGCCUUUUUGUCUAUGGAGCGUCUGAAUCAGAUUUGAAUAUUAUACAACUUUUUUUGGAUCGCUCUCACAAGCACCGCUUUGUUUCUUCUCCCGUUUCUAUUAAGGAUUUUUUAUAUAGACAGGACUGCAAGAUUUUAAACAUCCGCUGGGCUGGUAUUUACCACCAACAAAGGAGAAUAAGUAUAAUCUGCGUAAAAAACAGUGUGCCCUCCCCAAGUUUAAUACCGAACGAUUUAUGACAUGUUAUGUACUAUUAUUAUUAUUAUUAUUAUUAUUAUUAUUAUUAUUAUUAUUAUUAUUAUUAUUAUUAUUAUUAUUAUUAUUAUUAUUAUUAUUAUUAUUAUUAUUAUUAUUAUUACUAUUUCUACUACUACGAAGCAUGAGAAAAUUUGUAGCAUAAAAAUUGUUCUUUUUAUGUUUAUCGUGCAGGAGAUCUGUCAAAAACAAAUUUUCUUUCCGGCUAUGAAUUGAACAAGACUUGCUGACGAUAAUUUAAAGUAACUGGAAAUUAAAACACUUCAGGUUAACACUUGGGAAUUGACAUUUCAACUAAAGGAUUUACAAAAACAGGAUUUAACAGAGCUUGACGGUAAAAAUCGCCGAGAAAAAAAGCUUUUUUGCGGCGGAUGGCAAAAAUAAUUUUUUUUCCAAUUUUCUUCAAAAACAUUUUGCAGGUUGAGUUCCUAUAGAAAAUGCAAUACCUGCAAUAUGGAGGUCAUGGGGGUUUUAUUUGGGAAGAAAUGACGCUUUGAAGUUCACACCAAAUGACGUGACUAGUGUCAAAAUGUCCAACUUCAGCUGGCUAAGUAUAAAAGAGGAAAUUGCGGGCUCGGGCAUUUCAACAGCGCUUAUUUUUUGCCAGUGCCAUUCAAAUAUGUAUUAUUUUGUGAAUUUCAGGUCAAAAGUUGUUUUCUUUUGAUAGUUGUUUAAUAAACGGAGUUUAAAUCUCGUAAGCGCUAAACUAGCCAAAACAGUUGCUUAAAAAUUGCGUGAGAAAAAAACUGCAAAGUUCUGUGGGUCCAGCCAAUUAUU